AUGGCAAAUAAAAAUGUUUUCUCGUGGAUUCGGCGUUUGCCCUUUCGAAAGGUAAGUAAAUGACUUGUUUUCUUUAAGGUUCCAAUUAACCAAACCAUUAACUGGGGUUUGUAACAUGUUAACUCCAAGUUUGUGGGUGGGUCCAUAUUUAAAUUAAUAACAUGUAUCACUAGAGGGGUAGAAGCAAAUCAUUAUUGUAUUCUUAUCUCAAUGGAGUUAAAUGCUUAACUAAUUUUUCUAUAUUAAAAUCCCCAUGUUACAGCAAUUUGCAAUAAUGUUGCAGCUACAAGCCCAUCGUUUCACUCACAUCCAAUUCUGGGAGUUGUUUGUCCUUGUUCAUACAACUAGUUGUAUAUGUAUCAGAAUUAGAACUCAAUAAGUGGUUUACAUACACUAAGGUUUAGACAUAUAUUAAUUAUCGAGGAAAUUCAAUACAUUAAAAUACCACAAGACAGUGGCAGCCCAAGAUACUAAACAGGAAAUGGUAAAUGGAAAACUAAACCCGAAAGUCAAUUAAAAUUGAUGAUUUCAAAAUUCUCCAACUGGACUGUAACGACAGCUUAACUAUUUUACCUUCAAUUUUGCCAUUUGGGUUUCAAUGUACUAGAAUUCAGUGUUCAGUGGAUGAAGCCAAGUUACUCAAUAGAUUGGAAAUCUAUAUAAAACAUUUCCCAUACUAGUUACAUACAAGGUCAAUGCAAGUUUUUUUACUACUCUAGGCAAAACAACAUUUUGCUGACCCCCGCCCCCCACCACGCCAAUAUGCUACGUCCAUGGUAUGACAUCACACUGACCAUAGCGCAAUAUGCGCCGCCUGUGGUGUAUUUAAAAGAAACACUUUUAUAAACGAUCACAAAUGUAACAGGCUUCAUACAGCAAGCAGAGGUGCUUUAAGUUUUCUGGAGUUUUCCUUUAAAGGGCCACUCCAAACACCAUAACCACUACUGCUAACUACCAUUAAUGAAUUGUCAGCUGCUACUCUCAGCCAAUCUCUGCCGUCUCCUUACUGGCUGUACCAAUACUACUGCAUUAGCCGAAGAGAAGAGAAGAGGGAGAGAACGGUUACUGAUGGCACAUAUUUAGUGUUAAAUUAUUUACAAACAAUUUAACACUUAAAUAUAAGGCUGUUCCAGGGACUCCAGGCACUAUAACAACUUCAAUGCGAUUUAAGUAAACCCAUACCUUUAGGUUGUUUGUAGUAGUUUAUUGCUGGGCCCUGUGGCAGCAACGAGAUGGACUGUAAAAACUUUGGUUAGUUAGAGCAUUUUUAUUUGAAUUUAUUUGGGUUUCUAAUAGUUUUUGCCAUUUCAGGGCGCCAGACGCAAAAAAUGUGAUGACACUGAGCAGAAAGGAGAGGACCCUUCGGGUAUGUUAAAACAUUGUGUGUGUGGCUGUUAUAUCUAUCUUUGGGAAGCCUAGUAACAAUUCUCCUAGCAAGACAUUCCUUCUUCUAUAACUUUAAUAAUAGGUUUCUGUUCAUUUUUUACCAGGAAGGACACAUUCAGAUUUCUCUGGUUUGAUUGCUUCCUGCAGAGUUUGUACAAAAUAUACAAUGUUGACAUUUCUGGGACAUUAGAUUGCAGAGUUAAUAUUUUGGGGAAGGUAGAUCCAUUUGUAUAUAUUCAGACGUCGUUUCCAUCUUGUGAGUCUCUUCUAACCCCCUUACUCCUUGUAUCCCCCCACCCAUAAUGCACUACUGUCUUAGUCCAGAAAAGAUCUGGAAUGUUCCCAUUCUUUUUAAUGACAAUGCUAAGCAUAUCCCAUAAACUCAGCAGGUGUAUGUAGUUCAGCACUUGGCAGUAGUUUCAUUCACUAAUAGUCAUGAAGAAACUGUUUAUUGAGCUGCGUACUCCAUUGAUGUUUAUAACUCAAUGGAACCAGUGGUUGCCUCUCAUUUGUAAACAUAACAAAUGCUCCCCCCAAGAAAUGUAAUUUAAGUGCAUUUCAAUAUCAAUAUUUAUAUAUUGCUAUCAAAAUUUAUGUAAAAUUAAAUUACAUAUAUAUAAAGUAUAUAUUUACGUAUUAUUUUUACAUAAUAAUGUGAUUUUAUUGAUUAUAAAUUGGGGGACCUGCCUGACAACCCAGGCAGAAAGUCCAGUGAAUUCAAUUUACAAGCCCUAUAUUUAACCUUGUAACUUUCCAAAACACCGUAAAACCUGGACAUGGGGGCUACUGUUGUACUUGUGAGACUUGGCUGAAAACAAAUACGUAUGUUUUAAAAGAGUAAAUCAUUUAAUGACGAUGAUAUCAUCAGUGAAAAUGCAGCUUUUCUGUGACAAAUGCAAAUGUUUGGACAGGGUUUGUGACUAAGUGGCUCCUAAAAGAUUAGAUUUACCCCAUUUGCAAAACCCUGGGUUGUCUACGUUUGCAAAUGGUUUGCCAUGAUGGGGGUAAUUCUCAUUCCUGGCCUGCCAUACUGCCUUAAAGGCAACUAAACCAACAAAUUUCAAGGUGCAAAAACUGCAAAGGGGGAAGUACUAUAUGUAACCCUGUAACUUUCCAAAAAUCCAUAAAACCUGUAUAUGGCUAAACAUAAAUAUGUGCAUUUUAUUGCACUAAAAGUUAACAGUAUUAUGACAUUUAAAGGUAAAUGCCACAGAGAACUUUUUAAUUUCUCAAACUUUUUAUUUUAUUUUAUUCAUAUUAAAUUAUGUUUCAUACAUAAAUAGUUUAUUUUUGUGAAAUGAAAACCCUCUUUCUCUUGAACAAAAUUGUAUGUAAUACGUGUGGGUGCACUUAAUAUGAAAGAGGUAAGCUAUGGUUAAACAAUAUAUAUCUCAAAUUCAAGGUUUUGUUUUGAACAGAACUUGGAUAACUUCCUCCAUCCUUAAGGGCUUAAAAGAUAUAGGACAAGGCAGGGAAUAAUAUUAUGUUGUAGUUAUAAUUAUCAGAAGACAAAAGCAGGGAUAGGGAAACUUUGGGCACCAAAACAUUUGAGAGCACAUAACAUAUUAUGGUACAUGAAGUGUCUGAAUAAAAGUGUAUGUAUUAAAAGAUCCUAUAAUUUGUCAUGUUGCCUUACUUGUAUUGUGUGAUAUUUCAAACCAGUGAAUGAACAAUAUUGUCUGUCUACAUUGUGAUUUGACUACUGUCUUUUUUAUUAUUAUUUAUAGAGUGUCCAAUUACUCCAAACUCUCCUAAAAUUGCCAAGGGCUCAGCUGUAAAUGGUAGUUUUUCCUCAAUCGAUCUGAACUCUCCUAAACGUAUCGUAUUGGCAGCUAAUACCGAGUCAUCAAAGGACAUCCCUAAACAUGUAGCUCAACCGGAUAUUGAUAAAGUUAGGGAGCAGAUCAAACAGGAAAUUAGAAAAGAACUUAAAAUUACAGCAGGAGCCAGAAACAUGGUAAAGGCUACAACCAAGAAAAAACAUCUUGCAAAAGUCAACAAGUUUCUCAAAACAUCACAAAAAAAACUGGAUGACCUUUACAUUAAACUUCAGGAGCGCAAUGCGCAUAUUGUUGUGCCAGACGCAGAAGGUACAUUCCAAGACUUUGUGUUUCCUUGUAAUGAGUGUGUGUAUGUGCUUGUUUAUUGUAAAUAUAUUUCAAUCAUUUCCUGGAGAACAUGGAUAAAUACUAUGUUACGCAUCCAACAUGUAAAUGUAACCUACAGAUAUAUAGAGGAACGUUAGCAGUACUGUUUUUCUUUUUCUUUUUCAUUUUAUAAUCAGGUGGAUGUUUUAGAGACUUCAAACAGCAAAUCGUAACUUUGGAUCAGUUACUGCACUCGUGAUGUGCUGUAUGAGAUUGUAGACUGACUUAUAGAAAAGAUCACUUACUGAGCAUCAGAUCAGCCACAUUAUACAGCGUGAAAACGUGCAGAAUAAAAUAAAUACUGGCUGAGGAAAGCUUAGCCUUGUUAGUUUUACAGAAACAUAAAACAAAAAUUUGCAGCUUCUCCAGCGAGCUCUGUUUAGAUGGGAAAUCUCUCACCCAAACCUGGUAAUUGCAUUAUUCCCUAUGAGAGCCUAUAUGGGGGGGGGUUGUGAAAACACACAGAGUUACAAUGUGGCUUAUAGAAUGACCCCAAUUAUGUCGUGACUGGCUAUAAUAAUGGCAAUCUCACUGACAUAUAUAGAAGCUGGAAUAGUUAGUGGAUGAGUUUAUGACGUGACACCUCAAAGAGAAUACUGUUCAUACCGUCCCGUUAUGAUGUCAUCAAGCACAGGGACGUUUAGCUGCAGUGAUUUUUGUUGUUUUUGUUGAUUUUCUGCUGCUCUCAGGUUUUGUGUAGAUUACAAUAUCUUUACUUACAGAUGUUACUGUUAUUGCCUUUUUUAUUUAUUAAGUGAAACUGUCUGCCGACAUUUCUAAAUUCUGUAUUUUUUUUUUCUUGUUACUAAUUUCCGUGAUGUCCAGAGAUCUCAGCUGCUCUUAAAGAUGACACCAGCUCCCAGGCAGAUAACGUGAAGCUGACUGCUUUGCAGAAACAGCUAAGCAUUGAGCUGAAGGUGAAACAUGGAGCAGAGAUAAUGGUCGGUGCAUAUUCAAAUGGGUAUUCCAAAGUAAGUUGGUUAUAUUUAAAUAAGAGACAGAAAAAAUUCUUUAAACUUUUUUUUUUUGGUGUGGGAGUGGUGGAAACACAUUGUACAAUGCAUAAUUUUUUUCAGCCCAACAGCAUUUUAUCUGAUUUAAGCUAAUAGUAUGUUGGUGAUAUUUGUUCAUGGAAUCAAGAGAUGCGAUAGAAACUACAUUUCCAUGAGUUUGCCGACACCAUCUCAACUAUUUAGUUGAAGGCACAAGCUUUUCUUGAUCGGCCAUUAAUUAUUUUUAAUAUUUCUAAUUGCAAAGCAUGCAACCAAUGUGUAUUUAAUUUUCUAUGUAAAGAUUAUAAUGUGUAUCUUGUUCCAUAAUGCAUGUGUCUAUAAUUUAGUUUGCCUGCACAGAAGCACUGUGGUGUUUGACAUCUGGGUGAAAAUCAUUGUUUAAGGGGUAAUAAUUAGAUCAAAACAUAGUCCAUGUCUGUCCUGGGGUGUGAGCAGUCAGGGCUUAUUUCCUAGAAUAGGGUAAUUGAGGCUACACUUCUUCAUACAUCUCACUCAAUUAUCUGACUAUUCUUAUUGCUGUUACAGAAUGUCAAACAUCUUACUGCUGUCCAGAAAAUACUACAAGACAGCGAGAACAAAAUAGACAGUUUACGCAACUUAAUUCUGGAAGAAACAUCUAUCAUUAAAGGUAAAGGUUCAGUAACCUCAUAUGUAGUUUAAAAGAAGAUUUAUGGGUAACAAUGAAAACUGUUCAAAAACGGUUUGACUACUUAUAAUGGGAUCCAGGGCACUCCUGGCACCAUAACCACUACUGCAAGAUAUAACUCUCUUACAGGAAGGUAUGAGAGAGCGGUGUAUAUCCCGUAGACCUCUAUACUCCAAGGGUUUGUGAGGAAAUGUACAGAUUAUUAUUAAUGUUAUUAUAUGUAUAGCACCAGGAAAUUCUGCAGCGCUUUACAGUGGGUGGACUAACAAACAUGUAAUUGUAACCAGACAAGUUGGACACACAGCUACAGAGGGGUUGAGGGCUCUGUACGAUGAGCUUACAUUCUAGAGGGAGUGGGGUAAAGUGACACAAAAGCUAAAGGAAGUAAUGACAGUUGCAGGAGAGGAAUCAGUCGGGAGCUACUAACAGUUUAACUGAUAUGCUUUUGUGAAGAAGUGGGCUUUUAAUGAUUUUUUUGAAGGAGUGGAGACUGGGUGUGCGUCUAACGGAGAAGGGAUGGGAGUUCCACAGGAACAGUGUAGCCCUAGAAAAGUCUUGAAGGUGAGCAUCAGAGGUGGGUGUACGGACUGAAGAUAGACGUCCUCUUAGAACUGGGAGCAAAGGGAGUUAUACCAACACGUAAAUACAUUUUAUAUUAUUUACAAAACAUAUAUCUUAGACAUCUGUACAUGAGCCGGUUAAAGCAUUGGGAAUGUUACUGCCUUAGAACUGGGAGACCAAGGUUUGAAUCCUGGUUUAGACCUUGCCAGUAAGUGUCUGUGGGUAGGAUUAAUUACUGAAUGGAUGUACGUUGAGCAGAAAAUUCAUCAAACCUAAAUAUCCCCUUUCUAUAAUUGUAAACCACUGCAGAAUAUGUUGGCGCUAUAUAAGGGAUAAUAGUAAUAUCCUGAAAUAAUUUGCAAAACAUUUUACAAGAUAAAUUCUUGUUAGUCAGUCCCUUUAAAAAAUAGCUUUUAUAUCAAAUAGUUCACUGAGAGAUAUUAAAACUUACAUAUUAAGGUGGCGAUCAAAGCCUGACGUAGUGUAAAUCAAACAUACAUUCUGCUGGGUGCUUUAAGCCAUUUAUAUCAAAUCAAGAUCAGUGACCAGAAUAUUGUCAGAGAAACUAAUGACAGACACCUACCUGCAUCUGGAAAAAUUCAGAAAUCUAUGUUCACCUAGAAACAAACAGAUGGAAAACACACUUCCUGAGUCUCAUGCCAACACACCAGUCGGGAUGGUCAUCAAUGCAGACAUGAGAGGGACUUGCAGGUGCUCCUCCAAGGGAACAAAUGUGUAAAAUUCCAAAUAGUGACCUUUGGGUUGAUAGGUUCUGGGAGCAUAAUGUCUUCUUUAAGGACAUAUCAAAGCUUCUGAAUAUAAAGAGCAUUAAAAUAUAUAGAGAUAUAAUGAACAUUCUAAAAACAAGGCAGCUCUAUGAUUAACAUGACGUCAUAUGAAAGAAAACCACCUAUGGUCCUUUAAAUGGACAAUUCUUAAUUGUUCUCCGAUGAGAGCUGAAUUACUGCAAUAGUCUCCUUCGAGAAAGGCAACUUCAAAUGUGCCCAGCACUGUGAAUUUAUUCGCUAAGCAUUGUGGAAUAUCAUAUUCCAAAUGUUGACAGGCAGGUGAUGCAUGCGCAUCAAUUCUAACAGCCAUCCUGCAGGAGGUGCAUGCUUCAUUUCAGCUAUACGGUAUAUAAACAGGAUAUAUAUCUAUUGAACAUUUAUUGUGUCCCCUCCAAUACUACUGACAUUAUUAGUUUAUACAUAUAUGAGUUAUACAUGAUAUUAUGGGUUUACAUAUAAGCAUUAUUAGUGUUUGAAAAACUAAUUGAUUCUUCUAUAAAAUUAAAUAUCAUAAAGAUCUAUGAUUGGAGAUUGUGGUUCUUGUUUUAUUCUCUUUAGAAUUGAGGUGAAAAUAAUUGUAGUAUCAUUGAUCACUGUGAAUGAUAUACAAUACUUACAUUAUGUUAUGUCUAAACCUUUACAGAAGAAACAUCGUUACCAGUUCCGGAGACGGACAUUAAUAUUCUUGCCCCUUCGUUAUUGGUGACAGACGUACAGGAGCCAGAGCCGGCUGGGUAUUCACUUUAUAUCUUUCUAAUCAAUGUUGUUAGAACCUGAAGCCCUCCUAGUUCACAGUACUAUACAUGUUGAAUUAUCUAUAAGUCCGACAUAUGUUUGCCUACUGCUGUCUACACAUUUCUUAGCAUGUGUAUCAGUCACAGAUUCAUUUAUAAUGCUGUCUACAUGUUGCAUACUUGUGACAAGUAGCCAGAUCUCCUUCUCUUUGCAGGACUCUGUGAAUUCUGCAGUCUGCCAGGCAGGGUGUGAAAGUACUUUGGAUGUCACACAGGAAUGCAGAACUCUAUACGGUGCAAAAACAUAGAAAUCUGCAACCCUAGUUAUAUGUAUUAUUGGGGUGUCCUUUAAAUAAUGCACUGUAUAUAGCAGCAUCAAUGUCUAAAAUAUAAUGAGUAUAUAGAUCUGAUAAUCUGCCAUAAUAUUUUAACGAUUAAACCAGAUAAACUAUUAUUGUCUUCCUUCUGAUAGCGAUAUUCCAAACUUUGAUAUGAAACCAAUUAGCCCACCGGAUGUGGAGUUUGACUCAGAGCCACCUCCUGCUCCAAGUCAAUCAUUUCUACACAGUGAUCAGAGUUGGUUUUCAUUCCAUAUUGAGAUCCCGGACAUACUGGCUCAGGUAAAGAUGUGCUCACUUUAUUUUGGUUGUUUUUAAUCCUUAAACUUAAGUGUAUACUCUGCGUAGAAUAACCAUUACAGCUUAGUGCAGUAGUUCCAAUGCAGAGAGUCUGUGGCUACUAACCCACUUUUUUGUCAAACCAUUUGGGAGCAUUUUGACACUGGACUUUGGCUAGCAUCCAGUGACUGCACCCCUCGCCACAGGGAUAAUGUGGAAUUUACAUUUUUGCGCUAUAAAUGUUAUGUCCAACCGGGACAGCUGUGGGGUUAUCCUGAAUUGUCAGCCAAUCAAUGCCAUCCAGGUUGCAUAAAAUUGCUAUUGAUACAAAAAUGUUAAUUGAUCACUAUCAGUAUGGCUGAAGAGGGGGGAAGUAUCCAGGUAUUUGGGAGAAUCUAAUUGGUUUGACAUUAAACCAUGGAUAGAACCAGGACACUCUAAUUAAUGUAACUACUACAGUGAGCUAGAAUGGUUAUGGUGCUUACAAUUUCCUUUUAAUCAUUAUUUUCUCACAUUCACUGCUUCUCUCUCCACUCCCAGCAAACCUAGCUUCCCUUAGUUUUCUCUACCAUUUUAUUGAGUCUGACUUUCUUUUCUAGAAUUCUGGAGAUAUCUAUGAAUGUAGCAUUGAUAACAGAUACAUCAUGACACCAGAUGAAAUGAGUCAGCCUAAUUGUUCCAGUCUGGAUAAUAGCGUUCCUGAAAAUUCUGAGAACCUACCACAUGACCACUUACCUGCUAUGUGGACUCAAGAUCAACUUCUUCUCAAAUUGCAGGACAUCCAGCAUUGCUCUAUGCUGGAGGAGGGACAAUCUGUAAAAGUAAGUUUAAGGUGGAAUUCCAGUUCUAGUUCGAUAUAACAGAUAUCUUAACAAAUGUAGGACAGCACAACACAAUCAAUGCCAUCAGGUUGUAUAAAAUUGGUAUUGAAGAGAAAUGGUAAUUCCUCACUAUUUUACAACAAACUAGAAAAGAAAAUGGCAGUCAUAUCUCCUAAGAUCAGGGAGCUAUUUCCUUAUCCGUAUAUUUAACAUGUGAUUGUGAGAUGUGAACAAUAACAUUAAACAUAGAAUUUCAGUCUUUUAUUCAGUGGCGCCAGUUCUGAGAAAUGACAAUAAAACCCAACAUUAAUGUGUCUGACUUUCUUUUCUAGGAUUCUGGAGAUUGCUAUGAAUGUAGCAUUGAUAACAGAUUCAUCAUGACACCAAAUGAAAUGAGUCACCCUAAUUGUUCCAGUCUGGAUAAUAGUGUUCCUGAACAUUCUGAGGACCUACCACAAGACCACUUACCUGCUAUGUUGAUCCAGGAUCAGCUUCUUCUCAAAUUGCAGGACAUCCAGCAACGCUCUGUGCAAUCUGUGAAAGUAAGUUUAAGGUGGAAUUUCAGUUCUAGUUUGAUAUAACAGAUGUCAUAACAAAUGUAGGACAGCACAACACAAUGAAUGCCAUCAGGUUGCAUAAAAUUGGUAUUGAUACAGAAAUGUUACUUCCUCACUAUCAGUAUGACUGAGGAGGGGGGAGGUAUCUGGGAACUUGGAAGAAUCGAAUUGGUUUGACAUUAAACCAGGGAUAGCACCAGGACACUCUAAUAGUAAUUAAUGUAACUACUACAACAAACUAGACUGGUUAUGGUGCUUACAGUUCCCUUUUAAUCAUUAUUUUCCCAAAUUCACUACUUCUCUCUCCAGUGGCGUACACACAAUCCAUGGGGCCCUGGUGCAAAACUGACCCUGCCCCCACCACCACCCCACCCCACCCACCACCCCAUUCCCCCCGCUGCCACCCCAUACAGACACUCACAGAGAUACACACAUACGUACUGACACAUACAUUCACAUACAUAGACUAACAUGCAGACACACAGACACAUACGUAGACACACACACACACACAAAUACAUAGACACACAGAAACACACACACAGACACAUACAUAGACAUACACAGACACAUGCAUAGACAGACACAUACAUACAGAGACACACAUACACACACAGACUCACAGACACAUACAUACAGUCACACACACAUACAUACAGACACAUACAGAGACACACAUACAAACAUACAUACAGACACAUACACAGAGACACACACACACGUGCAAAAUAUUUUAGUCACCCUCCUAUUACCUACCGUUUAGGUGCAGGAGGGUGACUUCCCUGGGGUCCAGUGGUCAGAUUGAUGGGAGUCAGACUUCCCACUCUGACUCCCUCUGCUUUCUCCAGCACGGCUCCUGGUGGUUGCUGGGAGGAGUGACUGCGGAAGUCACUUCCUCCCAGCGUCUGACAUCAUCAAAGUGGGCCCGGUCGCGCUUUUACCAGGCCCACUCUGAUGAUGAUAUUCAUUUCCAUCGGGUUUCCUUAACAGCAUGGGCCACCCAAUGGGCCCCUUCACCUGUGGCCCGGGUAAGUAUACUGCUCGGUCGGGGCCACAACACAUGGCAGCAGGCACGCGGUAUGUACGCAGCUGUCUCUCUCCACUCCCAGUAAACCUAGCUUCCUUUAGUUUUCUCUACAAUUUUAUUGUGUCUGACUUUCUUUUCUAGGAUUCUGGAGAUAGCUAUGACUGUAGCAUUGAUAACAGAUACAUCAUGACACCAGAUGAAAUGAGUCACCCUAAUUGUUCCAGUCUGGAUAAUAGCGUUCCUGAAAAUCCUGACAACCUACCACAUGAUCACUUACCUGCUAUGUGGAUUCAAGAUCAGCUUCUUCUCAAAUUGCAGGACAUCCAGCAUAGCUCUAUGCUGGAGGAGGGACAAUCUGUGAAAGUAAGUGUAUGACGGUAUUCCAGUUCUAGUUCGAAAUACCAGGUGUCUUAAUAAAUGUAGGACAGCACAACACAAUCAAUGCUAUACAGGUUGUAUAAAAUUGGUAUUAUUACAGAAAUGGUAAUUACUCAUUAUUUUGUAACAAACAAUAAAAAAAUCCCAAAAUGGCAGUCAGAUAUCUCAUUGGAUCAAGAAGCUUUUUCUUUAUCCAUAUAUUUAACAUGUGUUUGUGAGAUGUGAACAAUAAAAUUACAUGUAGAAAUUCACACCUCUUUAUCCUGUAACCGGACAUCUCCAUCUUAGCUCCCUGUCAAUCAUUGUUAAAAGCUUCACCCUUUGUAUCUGCAGUCAGCACAGAGAGAGCAUCCAGAGAGGAGGAGAAAGGAAACAAUGUUUCUAUAUCUCCUCUUCAUUUGCAUUGUGUGCCCUGGCUGUGCCAGAACAAAACAAAAAAGAAAACAGAGCAUCUCAUGAAAAAUGUUACAAUUUAGGUGAUUUUCUGUAGUUAUUUUAAAUGGCGCACUUUAGAGAGAAGUGACAAUAAAUCCCGACGUUAAUUGUGUCUGACUUUCUUUUCUAGGAUUCUGGAGAUAGCUAUGACUGUAGCAGUGAUAACAGAUUCAUCGUGACACCAGAUGAAAUGAGUCACCCUAAUUGUUCCAGUCUGGAUAAUAGCGUUCCUGAAAAUCCUGAGGACCUACCGCAAGAUCACUUACCUGCUAUGUGGAUUCAACAUCAGCUUUUUCUCAAAUUCCAGGACUUCCAGUAUCGCUCUGUGCAAUCUGUGAAAGUAAGUUUAAGGUGGAAUCACAGUUAUAGUUUGAUAUAACAGAUGUCUUAACAAAUGUAGGACAGCACAACACAAUCAAUGCCAUCAGGUUGUAUAAAAUUGGUAUGGAUAUAGCAAUGUUAAUUCUUCACUAUCAAUAUGGCAGAGGAGGGAGGAGGUAUCCAGGUACUUGGAAGAAUCUAAUUGGUUUGACAUUAAACGAGGGAUAGCACCAGGACACUCUAAUAGUAAUUAAUGUAACUACUACAGUGAGCUAUAAUGGUUAUCGUGCUUACAGUUCUCUUUUAAUCAUUAUUUUCCCAAAUUCACUUCUUCUCUCUCCGCUCCCAGCAAACCUAGCUUCCUUUAGUUUUCUUUACAAUUUUAUUGUGUCUGACUUUCUUUUCUAGAAUUCUGGAGAUAUCUAUGAAUGUAGCAGUGAUAACAGAUACAUCAUGACACCAGCUGAAAUGAGUCACCCUAAUUGUUCUAGCCUGAAUAAUAGCGUUCCUGAAAAUUUCGAGGACCUACCACAUGACCACUUACCUGCUAUGUGGAUUCAGGAUCAGCUUCUCAGAAUGCAGGACUUCCAGUAUUGCUCUGUGCAAUCUGUGAAAGUAAGUUUAAGGUGGAAUUCCAGUUCUAGUUCGAUAUAACAGAUAUCUUAAAAAAUGUAGGACAGCACAACACAAUCAAUGCCAUCAGGUUGUAUAAAAUUGAUAUUGAUACAGAAAUGGUAAUUCAUUGGUAUCAGUAUGACUGAGGAGGGGGAAAAAAAACAGGUAUUUGGAAGAAUCUAAUUGGUUAAACAUUAAACCAGGGAGAACGGCAGGACACUCUAGUCACUAUAACCACUACAGCGAGCUAAAAUGGUUAUGGUGCUUACAGUUCCCUUUUAAUCAUUAUUUUCCCACAUUCACUGCUUCUCUCUUCACUCUCAGCAAACCUAGCUUCCUUUUCACUACCCCGUGCUUCCUUUCCUUUAUUGAUCAAUAUGUUUCAGACUCAAUCGUACAAACCCCCAACACCGUGGGUGAGCUUUCUAGUUGAGAUUAUGGCUGCUAUCCCUUUAUAAAAGGAGAGCGGGUUAUGGCCUUCACAGUUUGCUCCAUACAUAGUUUCUGCUGCCUUGUCAAAUUAAAAUAAACACACAUUUUUAAAAAAUGAAAAGAAUCAUAUAAAAAUGAUAGAAAGUAUGAAAUGUAUACGAUAAUUUGCAUUUCUUGAUCAAUUGAGUUGCUGAAUUCUGGGUUUAGUAAAUAAAUCAGAGCGUUUGAUGGUUUAUCAAAGGGUAACAAUCACUUCCCAGGACGUUUAAUAUUAUAUUUACUUAUCCCUAAAUUCAACGACUAUCUGUUUGUGAGAUGUGAACGAUAAAAUUAAACGUAGAAAUCCACACCUCUUUAUACUGUAACUGGGCGCCUCCAUCUUAGCUCCCUGUCAGUCAUCGUUAAAAGCUCCGCCCUUUGCAUCUGACCGUCAGCACAGAGCGAUCAUACAGAAAGGAGGAGAAAUGAAACAAUGUUUCUAUAUGUCCUCUUCAUUUGCAUUGUGUGCCCUGGCUGUGCCAGAACUAAACAAAAAGAAAACAGAACAUCUCAUGAGAAACUGUUAACAUGUAUGUGAUUUUCAAUUUUUUAUUCAAUGGCGCACUUUCCAGAGAAGUGACGAUAAAACCCUUUUAUCGUGUCUGACUUUCUUUUCUAGGAUUCUGGAGGUAGCUAUGGAUGUAGCAUUGAUAGCAGAUUCAUCAUGACACCAGAUGAAAUGAGUGAACCUAAUUGUUCCAGUCUGGAUAAUAGUGUUUCUGAAAAUUCUGAAGACCUAUCACAUGACUACUUACCUGCUGUGUGUACUCAGGGUCGGCCUACUCUCAGAAUGCAAGACUUCCAGCUUUGCUCUGUGCUGGGUAAAGGGCAAUUUGGGAAAGUAAGUUUAUGGUGGAAUUCGAGUUCUAGUUCGAUAUAACAGAUGUCUUAAAUUCAGGAUAGCACAACACUUUAUUCUUUCAUUUCAGGUUCUGCUGGCCGAGCACAAGGAAACAACCAACAUGUACGCCCUGAAAUUCAUAAAAAAAGUAAACUUAGAAUCACCACAUCAGUUCAACAAGUCAGUGAAUGCAGUAAUAAAUAUCUUGUGUUUGUGAAGAGGACCAUGUCCUGUUUCUGUGGGGGGUUUUUUCAUUUGAUUUUAGAGUCAAAGAAAAUAAACUUUUAUUUUCCUUUCCAGCCUUCUGAGUGAAAAGCGGAUAUUCCAGACAGUGAGCAAUAGGCGGCACCCAUUCCUUAUGAACUUGUUUGGGUGUUUCCACACCCGAGAUCACGCCUGCUUUGUUAUGGAGUAUGCAGCAGGGGGCGACCUUCUUACAUGCCUUGAUAACAACCAUGGCCCAUUUCCAGAACCCAGAGCAGUGUGAGUAUAAGCAGCAUUCUGUCCAUUUAUCGAUAUCUCAUCCAAUGUUCUACAGAUGGUGGCUUGAGCUGGGCUACACCUUCCAUAACAUCUUGUCAGAUUAUGAAUUAAUUCUGGGAUAUCACACUUUGUUUAAAUUCUGUGUUUAUUUAGUUUAGAAUGACUUUAAACUGUAUAACUUUAUAUCCUAGAAUGACUUUAAACUGUAUAACUUUAUAUCCUAUGAGCUGCUGUAUAUAUCUUUACCAUUAUGUGUCAAUGCUGGAUCAGAGCAGUUACUUCUGACCACAUACACCGCUGUCUGCACCAACUAUGUCUAAUGACUCUGCAAGUAUCGGCAUUGGUGAAUUGAACCUGCUGUAAGUGAUAAACAACCAAUCACCAUUGUAUCAGCUCAUACAUAACACACUAGCAGUGAAAGACAUGAGGAAACCUGGGAAUUAAUGUACUCUGUCAGAAUACAGAGUUGGAUAUAUGGAAUAAAACCAUUUAAUCGUGCAAACACUGUAUCUUCUAGAAAGCCAUUCAUUUAUUUAUUUUCCCCCAGAUUUUAUUCUGCAUGUGUCGUCCUUGGACUUGAGUAUUUACACGAACAAAACAUCGUCCACAGGUAAGCCUAUAAAAAAACAAAACGACACGUUAUUUAAGUGUUAUUUAUAGCACACAGUCUGUCUAACCCAGUUUAAUUAUCUAGAUUAAGUUAUUAAUUUUAACCAAUUAAAAACCCUGAACAAUGAGAGCUAUUCUAAGUGCUUCUAGUGUUAUGUAAAAUGAAUAAAACUUCCUUUUCUACAUUUUAAUCUAGAGAUCUGAAGCUUGAAAACAUUGUUCUGGAUGAGAGAGGAUUUGCGAAGAUUACUGACUAUGGUCUCUCUAAAGAAGGUAAAUAGAAUGCUCUAAUAUAAUUUUAGAUACAAAAAGGUCACACUUACUAAGUUCAAAUCAGUUAUCUUUCAUUUAAACAGCCAUUUAACAUAUAAUAGGAUGUCUAUAAAAGGUAUGCUUAAUUCCAAAACUGACAUAAAGGAACUUUAUAACAUUAAAAAUAAGAGCAUUUAUUUUAAAUGUAAAUUAUUCCUAAGUGGGCCUCCCGUUUCUUUUCCAGCAAUUUUUUAUGAAUGGGCAGUGACUGAUUGCUGAGAGCGUCAGCUGACCGCUCCCAGACAAUCAGCAGUCCCCCUGCCCAGUGGCACUCCGUGCUUCUUAAAACUGUAAUUUCAGAAGCCGGAUGCCGCCUGAGGGAAGUAGUGAUUGGAGAUGGAGGCUCACUUUGAGAUUAAACAGUUCAAGAAUGGUUUGACCACUUGAGAUAGGCGUGCGCCCUGGAGGCCUCCUGGCACCAUAACAACUUCAACUACGUUUUUAUGGUGCCCGGAGUGUAAGUGUAUAAAGUACUUCUGUUUUUUUUUUGUUUUUUUAUCAAACUAUAUUUAAGUAUUUUCCUGAUAGUCAGACCCAGCCACGGUGCUGCCACUGCGAUAAUUGAAAUUUUCGGAUGGAAAUGAUAUGAGAAGUUGCGGCAGCAACAAACUUAAAGAAAGUCAUAUCCAAAUGUAAAUUGCUCAAAUUGAACAUCUAUCCUCAACUUAUAUACAAUUCUAUUUUCACUAUUUCUGAGGAAUUGGAUACGGAGAUAGAACAAACAGCAUUUGUGGAACUCCUAAUUAUCUGGCUCCUGAAAUGGCCAAGCGCAAGACAUAUACAAGAUCUGUGGACUGGUGGAGCUUCGGAGUAGUUAUUUAUGUAAUGUUAACUGGAAACGUAAGAACAAUCUUUCAUUAAGAAUUUAUAGUCAGAUUUCUGUUUAGAAAAUAUAAAGAGAUUCUGCCAAGUAUUUGCUUUUAACAUGACAGCAAUCUUUAUUAAAAAGUUGCUCUAUUUAUUUUUGGUUUUGUUUUAUUACUUUUUGUUGGCCUCCCCUCUUCCAAUAAUUCCUCUCUCUCCAACAUUCACACCCACAUUUGUAUACAAACGUAUCUCACCCCAAAACAGACACCCCCAAUUAAUUAACUCCUCCCUUCCAAACACAGACCCCACAUUCCCUGACCGUUAUUUUUGCACUCGUUUACCUGUCAUUUUCCUUCAACUAUUAUAUUCCAACAUUUCUUUACAAUGAACCCAUCCUUAUCCAAAUCACAUCUCAAAUUAACCCCUCCCCAUAAUAGAUCCAGACAGCUUCAAUACCCUGUAAUUAACCCCUGACCCUUGGUUCCCAAAUCUAAAUCUUUUACCAAUGAAUUAUCUCCAUCUUCUGCUCUGCCCCUGGUCCAGUUACUUAGUGCUCUGGUGGCUGACAAUGUGUGCGUACAUCGUGUGUAACCCUCUGUAUACCACUUCUUUGUGAAUACCUAUACGGUCAGAAGAUGUUUAGUAGUUCUGACUCUAAUAAACAUCCCACCUACUAACUUGCUUAAAUGUUUUGUAUUUAACUUUUUUUGUCUCCUGACAAAAAGAAAAAAGCCAUCGUAAUCCAAUGUUACUGUACAAAAUAAAACAAAUAAUACUAGAUGACAAUUUAAAAAGUAAAUAAAUAAAAACACCAGGAGAAAAUUAAUUAUACAAUAGACCAUGGGUGCCAAAAAGGUAGAUCUUCCAUGAUGCUUUUUCAUUGUAAAGGUAUGCAAAGCAUCAUGGGAGUUGUUGUUAGAGAGCAUCUGGGGAUCUACCUUCUAGGCACCCCCUGAUAUAGACCUUCCAGUCCUUUAUCUCAGAGCUCAAAAAUUGAUAUUCCCUGCGGUCUUGAAAAUCGCUCAGCGUUUUGAAAAUUCCAGCCAAUCACAGUGCAUCUCCGGACGCGUUUCUCUCCCCUGCGGUACGCCUGAUGAUGUAUUUCACGACAGCGUUCAGUUAUCUUUCACAUAUUAUAUACACUCGCACACACAUGGUUGUUGAGUUGUGAUAUACACAUUGUGUCAUCUGUACUACGAAGAUUAUAAAACCCUAACUAUUAAUUUAUUGCUCAGCUUUCAGCUACUACAAUUUACAACUUAUUCAAACCUUAACUGAGGUUUUUUUAAAUGUAAUUUUUCUCUAGUUACCCUCCGAAGGCCGUGAUGUUGAGACGCUUUAUGCUAAAAUUGCCAAAUGUAAACUAAAAAUUCCAGAGUCAUUGUCUAGUGAAGCCACUUCAAUACUGAGUAAGGUAAGUUGUCACGCAAAUUUAAUAUAUCAUACAACCCAUGCUGAAAACAUGCAUUCGCCAUCGAUGAGUGGAGAUUCAGACCUAGCAAGCUGCCCUGAGAUAGGGGAAUUCUGUAGAAUGGGCAGUAAAGAAUGGAGGUCCGGCUGACCUUUGGGAGAGGAAAUGUAUCAGUUUUUUUAUUUUAUGUUUAUACAAUAGUUCUCUUAUUGGUCAUGCAAAUUUUCAAUGCUAUAUAUUCACCUUGAAUUGGAUGUAGCUAGCUGUGUGUGUUAAUGCUGGUAAAGAAACAUUCAUUAUUACAGAGUAUUAAAACAAAACCCGAAAUAUCUGCUCACUUAUUCUAUGACAUCCAUAAAUGAUGCAAUAUUACAUCUAACACUCAUUCUCUAUAGUUAUGUGACUCACAGCGCCCACUAGUGACUUGUAUAAAAACAUAGUAGCAGUUACAAACCGUGUACAAACACCACCACGAUUUAUCCUGGUGUAAAACAUUGCAUUGCCAGCAUCCCCCUCAAACAGUGAGAUUACUACCCACUAUAUGUUUAUUUAUAAUUAAUAGCGAUAAUACACAUUUUUCCUUUACCUUUGUUCUGUCCCUUUGAGUAUAACGCUGAAGAAGUAAAUACGAAAAGACAAAAAUAAUGCAUUUCACAUGAACAGUACUGAGCAUUGAACAUCUCAAAAUACACUCAGCGCUGGUGCAAGGGUUCUUGGCUACACAGGCAAAAAUCCAUUUAGCGCCCCCUUUCACACUCUUCUCCCCCUGUUGUGCAGUUCUCACACAGAUAUCUCGUACCCUGGAUGGAGCCGCACACCCACAGGACCUCCAACAGGGCCCGACUUACUGUUAAUGUUCCUGAUGUUUAGCAUUAAAAUUAACAAAACCUAUUUUACAAAAUUCCUUUUACAGUUACUGACUAAAAAACAUGAGAAACGUCUAGGAUCCAGUGAGAAAGAUGCACAGGAAGUGAAGGACCAUCCUUAUUUUCAAGUACGUACAUAUGUUUUUUUGUUUUGUGUUUUUUACUGUGGUUUUGUCACUAAAUAUUUGUGUGAUUUUAGGAAAAAUAAAAUCUUUGUAAUAUACUGAAAUUCUAACACAGCCAAAAGAGAACAUAAGAAAACUAGAGAAUCCUAUUGGGAUCUAAACAAAAUGUGGCUUUUUGGGCAUAUUAGCUGUUAUCUUGUAUUUUAUACAGUCUUGGUUUGUACGUGAUGCUCAUUAUUUUACAAAUUCCUUUCCAGCAUAUAGAUUGGAACGCAUUAUUAUUACAAAAUGUGACACCUCCAUUUGUGCCAACCAUCAACGGAGCCGAAGAUGUCAGCAACUUUGAUGCGAUAUUCACCUCGGAAGUGCCUAUUAUAACUCCACCAGCAAGACGAAGAGUUCCACCGUUAAUGGAGAAGAAGACAUUUGAGGAUUUUUGUUGGAGGGCAGAUUGGAGUUAA